CUUUGAUUGGCGUUUUCCAUCAAGAAUAGGAGUUGGUUCUUUGCAUACAAAAGUUGCGGCAAUGCGCAUGCCGAAUUUCGGUUUUUUCAAAACCAUGGAUCUCUCAUCCCUCUCGAUCUUAACAUCAAUCCUAUUACUCUUACCUCUGUUUAAUCGCGUAUCCUACUGUCAACAGCCAUAUGUCGACGAUGAGCAGCGGCUCAACUGCUCAUCCACAUUACCUCAACUGAAAGGCUACGUCUGCAAUGGCCCUCAAACUCAAUGCCAGUCCUUCCUGACCUUUCGAUCUACCUCAGUAUACAACUCACCGCUCACCAUCGCCUCGCUGCUCAACUCAGAUGCGUCGGACAUAGCCACCAUCAACAACAUCAAAUCCACUGCCGAAGAGAUACCGUAUGGUAACUUGGUCAUAGUUCCAGUUCCUUGCCAUUGCACUGGAACUAUUUACUCGCAUCAGGCCUCUUACACUGUGGUCAAGGAUGAUACCUAUUUCAACUUGGCCAAUAUUACAUUCCAAGGCCUUAUCUUUUGCCGGGCUCUCAUUGAUCAGAACUACUAUUAUGGUGAGGAUCUUGCUAUAGAUGCACAGCUGCAGGUUCCACUAAGAUGUGCAUGUCCAAGUACUAAUGAGACAGCAAAUGGGGCUGAAUCCUUGCUUACAUAUCUAGUGACACCCGGCGAUUCUAUAAAUUCAAUCGCAGAAAGAUAUGGCGUUGCUGCGCAAAGCGUUAUGGAGGCAAAUAUGUUGACGGACACCUCUGUGGUGUAUGCUUUUACUCCCAUCCUCGUUCCCCUUUAUUGUGCAAGAAAUUCCAAGAGUUCCUUCUGUCAUUGUCCCAAUGGAUAUACCGAAGGUGCACCCAGAAAUGGCCUCAAUUGCAUGGCCGACCAGAAGAAGUUUCCUUUCAAGCUGGUUCUUGCGAUAGGUGCCGGCAUAGGUAUGGGAGUCUUGAGUCUUUUGCUGUUCAGCUACUGCCUGUACAGAUAUCUAAGGAAGCAAAGAGACAGAAUUGUCAAGGAGAAACUGUUCAAGCAAAAUGGCGGUUUGUUGUUGCAACAAAAGUUCUCAGGUUAUGGAAGAGAUGGAAAAGCAGCAAUAUUCUCUGAAGAAGAUCUGCAAAGAGCAACGGAUAACUACAGCCAGAGCAGGGUUCUUGGUCAAGGUGGGUUCGGCACGGUUUACAAAGGAAUGCUACCGGAUGGUACCAUAGUUGCUGUGAAGAAGUCGAAGGCCAUCAACACAGGCCAAAUCAAGCAGUUUAUUAAUGAAGUGGUUGUUCUUUCACAGGUUAAUCAUCGGAACAUUGUGAAAUUGAUAGGAUGUUGUUUGGAGACUGAGCUUCCUUUACUAGUGUAUGAGUUCAUCCCUAAUGGCACCCUGUCCCAGCAUAUUCAUCAGCAGGACAAAGAUAGAUCUCUUUCAUGGGAAGAUCGGUAUCGAAUUGCGUGUGAAGUUUCUGGAGCAGUAGCAUACAUGCAUUCUGCAGCUUCAAUUCCCAUUUAUCAUCGAGACAUAAAACCUUCAAACAUUCUGUUAGAUGACAAUUAUACUGCAAAAGUCUCUGAUUUUGGUACCUCAAGGCCAGUUCCAUCUGACAAAACUCACCUGACAACGGCCGUGCAAGGUACCUUCGGAUACUUGGACCCGGAAUACUUCCAAUCUAGUCAUUUCACAGAUAAAAGUGAUGUAUACAGUUUUGGAGUAGUGCUAGUUGAGUUACUUACAGGGCAGAAGCACAUCUUCUCAGGAGAUGACGAAGGGAGACAUCUAGUUGCUAACUUUAUCUUGCUAAUGAAGGAAAACGGUUUGUCAGAGAUCCUAGAUCCUGUUGUGGCUAAUGAAGCAAAGGAGGAGGAUGUUCUAGCAGUGGCAACGCUAGCCAUGAGGUGUUUGAGAUUAAAUGGGAGAAAGAGACCUCCUAUGAGAGAGGUUGUGAUGGAGCUUGAAGGACUUAGAAAAUCUCAGAGUUUCUCUCAGACCAGCCAAAGUCCUUGUGUAUACGAAGAUGGACUGCCCGGUGAAGAAUCAAUAGAUACCACAUCCAUGUCACUUAAAAUUGAAUCCAUCUCUUUAUAGACAUCAAGCUAGAGCAUUUGGCAUUCAUUCUUGAAUUUUGUUUAUCCCAGACAGGUUCAAAGAUAGCAUGUGUAGCAUCCAACUAGCAGUAACAUGCAGUUUGGCAACUUUUAUAUCUUUUACAGAUUUUCAUCGUUUUCCUCUUUGUUGAUAAGAAACCCUUUGUUUCCGGUUUUCUGGUUGGAGCUGAUGCAUU